AUGAGAAGGGCAUAUGAACCAGGUGCUAUUUUUCCGUUGACUUCUGCUCAACAGCGUCUCUUUUCAGUUUACUACCAUCAUGAAGGUGGUCCACAUCAUUGGUAUAUUAUUCCCCAUCGUGAACGAAUAUCUGUACAAACAAUAAUUGAUAAACAAAACUCAUCUAUUUGUCUCGAUCACGACCGAAUAUUAAUUGAUCCUUCAGUAUUGGACAAAUAUCAUAUUCGUUACCAUCGAAUUAUUCAACAUCCAAACGAAUUUGUAGUUUUAUCGGCUGGAACUCUCGCACAAAGUUUCAGUGAAGAUGCAAGCUGGAGUGAAUCAAUCGAAUUUACUUUACCUGGUUGGAUUGAAGAUGGCCACGCAAACGUUUCUGUUUCACCGUAUCGAUGCAAUCUUCCUCAAGACUCUUUACCCAAAUCAAUUGAUCUUCCCUUAUUUCCACAUGAAAUUAUACAAAAUUAUAUUACUUCAGAUCUCAAUAUUAAUACUAGUGAUGAAUCAGUAGCUUCCAAAGGUUCAUAA